GAGCCCGCCCGCAGCCCAAGUUCGGUGCCAGGCUCGUGGCUGUUCCCGGGAGGCUGAUGGGCAGCGGCCGGGCCACGCCGGGGCCCAGCCCGCCCCGGGGCAGGCGCUGAGCUGGGCCCCCGGGGAUGCCCCGCGCCGGGCUCGCCCUCUAGCCCGCCCGCCCCGUGCAUGGCCCAGCUAUGGAGGUGGUGGACGAGACGGAGGCUCUGCAGCGCUUCUUCGAAGGUCACGAUAUCAAUGGAGCUCUGGAGCCUUCCAACAUUGAUACCAGCAUUUUGGAAGAGUACAUCAGCAAGGAAGACUCACCAGAUAUAUGUUUCCCUGACAUCCCUGCCUCAGCCAGCUAUGCACACGCCCAGCCUUCCAGUUCUGCCACUGCCAGUGCUUCUGUGGCCAGCUCGAUCUCCAGUGCUGGCCAUGUGAACAACCCAGUGUCCACAGGCUCACUCCACCUUGGUCCCCCGGGUAGCCAAGUCCCGGUCCGUCAUGGUCCUCUUUUGCCCAACCCCUGUGGACCGAGCUACAGUGCUCACCUUAACUGCAAUAAUAACAAUGGCAUGGUAGUGCCCAAGGGGUACCACAGCGGCCACUGCCUGAACAACGUGGUCCCUCCAAUCAAAGCGGAGCCCAAGGCCUCCUACGCACCUGGCACUUUACCUGACUCUCCCCCGGACUCCGGAUCAGAAGCGUACUCCCCUCAGCAGGUGAAUGAUCCUCACCUCCUUCGGACCAUGACCCCCGAGAACAUGUGCCACAUGACCCCCCCUUCCCGGUUGGAGCACCCUCCUCCACCUCCUCCACCCCCGCCUCCUCACCUCCAGGGCCCCCCACCUCCUCCACCGCCUCCACCCCAUCCACACCAGCCGCCGCCGCACAACCCCCACUAUCCUGGCAUGCAGCGGGACAUGUACAUGAAGGCUGAGCCGCUGAUGCCGCCAUAUGGCAUGGGGCAGGGUGUGUCGCCUGGUGAUCUCCACCAUGCCCAGCAGUCCCAGAUGCUUCACCAGUUACUGCAGCAGCACGGAGCUGACCUCCCAGUGCACCCCUCCAAGAAGAGGAAACACUCCGAGUCGCCCCCCAAUACCCUUAAUGCGCAAAUGCUCAACGGGAUGAUAAAACAGGAGCCAGGUAUGGGGUCUGUGCCACUCAGCCUUGACAGAGUCCAAACGCCUCCCUGGCACCAACAGGGGGCACUCUCACCAGGCCUGGUUCAAGAUAACGACAGCCUAAAUGGCUCUUACCUGGAUCCCAACUACCAGUCCAUAAAGUGGCAGCCACACCAGCAGAACAAGUGGGCAACUCUGUACGAUGCCAACUACAAGGAGCUCCCUAUGCUAACGUAUCGGGUGGAUGCAGACAAAGGGUUCAACUUCUCAGUGGGUGAUGAUGCCUUUGUGUGCCAGAAGAAAAACCACUUCCAGGUCACAGUGUACAUUGGCAUGCUUGGAGAUCCCAAGUACGUGAAGACGCCAGAGGGCUUGAAACCCCUCGAGUGCUUCUAUCUGAAGCUGCAUGGAGUCAAGCUAGAGGCCUUGAACCAGUCGAUCAACAUAGAACAGUCGCAGUCUGAUCGUAGCAAACGUCCCUUCAACCCUGUCACGGUCAACCUGCCUUCUGAGCAGGUUACAAAGGUCACUGUGGGGCGGUUGCACUUCAGCGAGACCACAGCCAAUAACAUGAGGAAGAAAGGCAAGCCUAACCCUGACCAGAGGUACUUCAUGCUGGUUGUGGCCCUGCAGGCACAUGCCCAAAGUCAAAACUACACGCUCGCAGCCCAUAUCUCUGAGCGCAUCAUUGUCAGAGCCUCAAACCCAGGACAGUUUGAGAGUGACAGUGAUGUUCUCUGGCAGCGGGCUCAGCUCCCUGACACAGUCUUUCACCAUGGCCGAGUUGGCAUCAACACCGACCGUCCUGAUGAAGCCCUUGUAGUUCACGGCAAUGUGAAAGUCAUGGGUUCACUGAUGCACCCAUCCGAUAUCCGCGUGAAAGAGGACAUCCAGGAGGUGGACACCACUGAACAGCUGAAGAGGAUCUCCCGUAUGCGCCUGGUGCACUAUAACUAUAAGCCAGAGUUUGCUGCCACCAUGGGGAUUGAAAAUACCCUAGAGACAGGUGUCAUUGCUCAGGAAAUAAAAGAGAUUCUCCCAGAAGCUGUGAAAGACACUGGGGACCUGGUGUUUGCCAAUGGGAAGACCAUUGAGAACUUCCUGGUGGUGAAUAAGGAGCGGAUCUUCAUGGAGAACGUUGGGGCUGUGAAGGAACUUUGCAAAUUGACCGACAACUUGGAGACCCGCAUCGAUGAGCUGGAGAGGUGGAGUCACAAACUGGCUAAGCUCAAGCGCUUGGACAGUAUGAAGUCGACUGUCAGCUCUGGGACCUUCAGCCAAGCAGGAAGUCAGUUCAGCCGUGCAGGAAGUGUUCCCCACAAAAAGAGGCCCCCCAAAAUGGCUAGCAAGUCCCCGUCUCCUGUCAUGGAACAAGCCUGCAUCAGCCAACGCUUCCUCCAGGGUACCAUCAUUGCUCUGGUCAUCAUCAUGGCAUUCAGUGUGGUGUCCAUGUCCACUCUGUACGUGCUGAGCUUGCGCAAUGAGGAGGACUUGGCAGAUAUUGAUGGCUCUUUUGCUGUGCCCACUGCCUGCCUUCUGGCCCUUUUCCGGCACAGGGGUCCCGGGGUCCCAGUCGCUUUAUGUCCACGAUCAAAUCAGAACUUUGACAAGACAGAGGUUGUACAUUCCACUAUGUCACCCAGUGCACCCAGCAACGGAGCUCCCUUACACAUCACAACAAACAUGCACAACGUGCCACAUGGCAUGUCCAGCCAAAGUGUGCUAGCAUGCUUCAGCCCUCCAUGCUUCUCCACCUGCUGUUCUGCUACUCCCACCAAUGCAUCCUCUGUUGCUGUCUCUGAGACCAGCCCCACACAUGCCACCAACCGGACGGACCAAAGCCACACAUCACUUCUGCCAGUGACAAACAUCAAAGCCAAAUCCAGGGGCAUCACUGGGAAAGUGAUGUCCCACACAAAGUGGACAAAGAACCCUGAAAGAUCGCAGGGCUUUGGCAGCCCCAAUGCCAGCCCGUCUUCCCCCUUCACCCACAUCCAGAGCAAGUCCAAGUACAUCUCCCAGCUCUCACUGUCCCGCAACAGCUUCCCACAAGGGCAGGCCCGGCAGCAACGCAGCGUCAGCCUAUCAGGGAGUGAGCGGCCCCAGGUGGCAGGCUCAAGCCCUUUGCUCCACUCCAUACAGAUUGUAGAAAUUGGCAUGGCCAUCACAUCCCAGUACUGUGCAACUAGCAACACAUGCAGGAUGGGAAACCUCACCUACCGUAUUCCCAUCAGCCAGCUCACAGCAGUGAACACCAACAUGACCUUGGAGAUGAAUGCCUCGUCGGCUGUGUCCAUCUACCUUUGUGGCAUUGACUCCAGCAGCCCGUGUCAGGAUGCCGUGAGUGUCGACAGCUCCACCAGUACAACAGGGACCCAGGAAAGGAUGCACCGUUGGCCUAUAGUAAUGCUGUCAUUCCAGGAAUUCACCUACCACUUUCGGGUAGCCUGGCCUGGCCACACCAACUGCAGCGCCACAACUGAGCAAAUGGGACAUCGUUUUACUGACUAUUAUUUCCAGUUUUAUUGGCUCUGCAAGUGAAUCCUGGCAGCACCAGUGCCCUUUAAUGGGAGAGAGGAAGGGAACUGGUGAAAUCUUCUAGACUGCUCCAUACCUUCCUCUGUGAACUCCCAAGUCCCAAUGUGCUCCUGCCUUCCUCUCUAGACUCCAAACUGGAGACAACAUAGACACUGAGUGCAAAACAAGCAAGGAACAUGGAACAGUGCAACUGUGCCACGAUACCUAUAAACACCACAUCCCACAAUGCCCCGAGGAACUCUUUCCCUCCUCUCUUGCUCCCUCCUUUACAACACUGGAUCUAAGAGUGUUACACUGGAUCAUGCGUGGACGGGUUUAUCCCAGCCCCUCAGAGCUGUGACUGCAGCAUGGCUGGCAACUCCAGCCUGAGUGGGCCCAUUGCUUUUUGAAGCAAUGCAGCAGCUCUCUGCAACACUGGAAUUUGUUGUCAACACUGGAGCGCUUUUCAAUGCAGAAGCACUGGAAUUCCUUCUGGACAUACUGGAAAUCAGACACUGGAGUUGCUGUUCUUGCUGGUCAACCAGCAGUCGUUUCCCUGCAUUCCUGAUCUCCUGGACUCUAAAUGAAGCCAAAACCCAUAACUGAAGGCUCCUCACACACAGACAUGCACUCUGCCAAGAGCAAAACCAGGGAGGCCACAGAAUUCCUCUCGAUCCCUUUGCUCCUCCCUGUUUCCUACACUCCAUGAAGAGCAGGCCUGGAUGGACAGACUUCCCAGAGAAACUCUGCUCAGACUAUGCUGAAGCCAUUCCUUGUGCAGGCAAGGUGUCGCUUGUGUUAUCUUCUUUCCCAAAGAUGUGGGAAAAGAGGCUUCUCAGGUCCAGAAGCAGUCACCCAUCUGCCUGAGGCUCCAGUUUGCAGGGGCUCCUUACUGGAGCCUGCACUUAUUUCAGUCAUUGGAUGGAUGUGGAGGCUGUCCUGUUCCACCAGUGAAGACAGCAAUGCAGAAUGGGGGAAAGGCUGCUAGACACCCAGGUGGGCUGGGUUUACAGCAUCUUCUGGUGCAUACAGAGCUGCUCCCCAAGGGGGUCUCUGCCAAAUCCAUUCUUCUACCCUGAGAAUUUCCUCCAGGAGGAGGGGCCAGCAAAACUGACUGUAGGCCCUGCUGCCCAUUGGCCUGCCAAGUGUGCUGGGUGUUUUACUGUUACAAGGUCUUAACUCGCUAAACUACUGACUUUUUAAAGCAGUAUAAAAAUAGGCCUCUUACUCGUUAUUAUUGACCUAUUUUCGUCUUACAUAGGAAACCAAAGGGGGCUGGUGCUUUACCCUGUCUGGAAGCCUGAGAGCUGUCCUGGUGCUGUGGCAGUAGGGCUUGUCAGACUUUGACAAAUACAGCCAGUCCCUGGCUGCUCCUUUCCCUUUUCCCCCACUCAGUCACAGGGAAGGAAGUUUUUGCCUUUUUGGAGUCAGGAGCCAUCCCAGACUGCUACUUCAAGAGGGGAAUUAAGGCAACUGGGGAGGAAACACCAUUCUUCCAUCCUGAACCAAACUAGAAAGCUCCUCUAGGAGAGACAGUCUUACCUGUGGCACAGUCUCAUCACCUGAUGUAGGCAGCUUUAACCAAACUGGGGAUUGUCACCUGUCAGGGGCCAGGUACUAAGGCAGGGGCAUUGAUUACCAUCCUUUGCCUUUAGUGAAGACAAACUCAGCCAUCCAACUGCUGGCUCAGGUCACACCUCUGGAAAGAGUACAUGGCUUCAAGUUACUUUGGUUCACCACCAGCUGGCACUGUUGCUGCAGGAAAACAACUGCACACUUUUUGACCAAAUGUAGAAAUGGUCCCUACAUGGACUCCAGGAACCUCCCCACCCUCUUGCCCCAGCUGUGAAUCAUAGACAAGUUAGGCUGCCAGGGACCUCAGGAGUCCCAUCCCCUGCUCAAGGCAGGAUCAUCCUUGUCUAAUCAGCCUAGACAAGAACUAACAUCUCCAGGAACAAACCCUCACACAACCAACCAGGCAUAAUGCCCAAAACAUCAAAAAUACCCUCUAACUUACUACAGAUAAAACAGGAGGUUGGGGGCACUAGUUUAUUUGGGGGAUAAGAAACAAGCAGGAGAUCCAGUUGUUUCUCUCCAAGUCUGCAAUGCCUGACUACUUCAGUGGGAGUCAGAGGGCAGCUCUCCUAAGGGUCAGCCCUGGCUUUCAAUUCCCACUCUGGUCCUGAAAGUAGAAUUCUGUUAACCGUAGAGUAAUGAUCUAUUUACUAAAAUGCACUUAAACACUGGCAGGGAGGAACAACAGAGUGAGUAUUGAAUAAGUGGCAACUAGGGCAGGCCUGUGCUACUCCAGGCAUCACAGUAGAGAAGAACAGAAGGCCCCUAUAUGCCCACAGUCACUGCUCCAUUCUUAAUAGGACUCUGUGAUCCUGUCAGCAGCUUACAAAGUUCUCCAAUGCAACUCUGGAAAAGACACUUGAUGCUUUUACAUUUAUUUCCCCUGCUUGCCUUGAACUCUGCUUGGCCUUAAGCUGGGAAAUUUCUUAUGUGGCAGCUUUUGUUCACUGUUUGGCAAUCAGGGGCCCCAAUCUUGCAAACACCUUUUCAAGUGAAUAAUCUUAUAUAUUGUGCUGGGACCACUCAAUUGAGGGUUAACACUAUCGUGUUCAGCCAGUAUUUUUCCUCUCUGUUUUGAACAGAGUGGAAUUGAAUGCCUGUACUUUAAAUAAAGGCAGAGUUGUCCUUACACACUGUUGGGACCAGGGUUGAAGACACUGCAAUCACCACCAAACAAUCCCCUCCCUUCCCCCCAGUGGUGUUCUCAGAGGGAAUGGCUGAUAGCAGUUAGGAGGAUCCACAGGUGCAUUUCACAUCUCUACAAAGGAAGGCACCUGCUGGGGGGGCAAUCACUGGAAGUUGAAUAUCAGUGGUGGAAAGCUGCAUGCUAGUGGAAGUGUGCUGAUGCAGUGCCAGUAUCCCCUGGUGCUCCAGCAUAGAAUCAGUCAGUACUUUCAUCCAAUGCCAGUUUUGAACGCUUGCAGUAACUUCUCUAGCACCUUUUCCUGCCAACAUGACCUAUAGGUAGGGGCAGCAGGUGAGAUGUGUAACACAUGCUCUGGGAUGGCUCAACAAGGAUGGCUGGUUAGUUUCUCAGUACUGUGUUCACUUCCCCUUCCAAAAGUCAAGGCAAUAAUUAAGAUCUAGGGGUGAGUCCUCCUUACUCCAAACCAUUUUAAAGCAAACAUGGCAGUGGUUAGCUAACAUCUUAGGUAUUUCCAAGAUGUAGUAAAAACAGAUUCCAAAUUUGCUUUUAUGAUUUCUUACAUUUCUAUAGCACCUUUCAUCCUAAAAGUAAUUUACAAACUACACACAUAUCUUGUCAGCCGUGACAGAAUGGUAUGUCAGCUAAGCAGGAACCAGUCUCACAGAAGUGCGGUACAUUUGUUAGGUAAAAUGCCACGUGAUGGCAUCAGUCUGUAGAAAUGAUUGUGCUCUGUAGAAAACACCAGAGAAAGUUGUCUCUGCUUUACUCACCUGCAGCAAGAGAUGUUUUCACCCAUUUGAAAAUAGUAACAGCAAGAGUUAACAAUCAGGCCUUUCCCUGCAUGAGACAGAGGGAGCUCUGAGCUACUGUUUCCAGCCUUGCAAGCAGGGAGCUCCUUUGUUUCUGGAAACCUGAAGCUCCACCUCUAAACAUCCUUGGCUGGGAGGAAAAGUGUGAACACAGAGCCACUUUCUGAAGUUUGGCUGUUUUGGAGUUUGUUUCAAAAGCAAAUUCAUAAGCCUUUUGGCCUCCUGUUAAAGCUUAAAAGCCUGUAAAUAGAAAUUGCGCUGCCACCACUGCACAGAUUAAGGAAAAAGUUAAAGCACUAAUUUGUUUGGUUUAAGUGUUGCUGUCACAGCUUUAAUCACUGUAUAUUGCCAGCAGAUUUGUAGAGUUACAUUCUUAGCAGAUGUUAUUAAUGAUUAUUUGGUUUUUUUUGCUCUGGGGGAAAGCCUGGCUUCCCUCUUUUCUCUUUGAUUUGUAUUUAUAUUUUGCUGAAUUUUGGGGUGCUGGUUCUCAGGACUCCCCAACUUUUUGUUUGGCUUAUCUAGACUUAUGUUUUAUGCUGGAGGUAAAUAUACCGAUAUAAAUAAAUAUAUAAAUACUGCUUUGUACCCAA